GCGGCAGCGGCGGCAUGGGGGACACGCUGGAGGAGCCGUGGUGGGAGACUCCGUCCGGGGCAGGCAGCAGUCCAGAGUGUUUUGUGUUUGAUGCUGUGCCAGAAUAAAAUCCAGCUUCCAAUAACACAGUCAAGAGUUAGCCAAGGAAGACAUGGUCUUGGUCUUUCACACUCCUCCGUAGAUUUUGCAAAGGAAGAUGUAUUACUACUGUUUUCUGUUUUGUUACAUUUGUUCAUCUAUGAAUCCUGUUCCUAAUCUUUCAGAUGAUGAAGCUGGUGAGAAAGCAAGUGAGAACAGGACUGCGACACAUGAAGAUUCAGAUUCCAGACCUGCUGUGACAAAGAAAAGAAAGCAGCCUACAGAGUGUUUUCUAAGUCAGCCUGAAGAAAAACAAGAGACCACUGUGAAGGCAAAGAGGAGGAAAAAGAAGAAAAUUUCUGAUAUUCUGGAAAAAUCUGCUCCAAAACCUGGUGUGCCUGCAGAUCUACAAAAUCUGCUUAAUCAACAUUUUGGUGAAAACCGUUCAGUGAUUGAAAGAGAAGAAUUAAAGCUGUCAGAUUCCUGUUUUUUGCCAGCCAAUGAUCUCACCCACAGUUUUUCUUCAUACCUGAAGGAAAUCUGUCCUAAGUGGGCAAAACUCCGUAAAAACCAUGAGGAGAAGAAGUCAGUGGUGAUGCUGGUUAUCUGCAGUUCUGCCCUUCGUUCCUUGGAACUCAUCAAGUCAAUGACAGCAUUUAAAGGAGACUGCAGAGUUCUCAAGUUGUUUGCAAAGCACAUAAAGAUAAAAGAACAAAUUAAUAUGUUGGAGAAGGGCCUGUUCCACAUCGGGGUUGGAACUCCUGGGAGAGUAAAAGCACUAGUGGAGCAAGAUGGCCUGUGCUUGAACUCCACAAAAUAUAUGAUUCUGGAUUGGAACUGGAGAGAUCAGAAACUGAGGAGAAUGAUGGAUAUCCCUGAGAUAAAGAAAGAAACAAUGGACCUACUGGAGAUGUGUAUUAUAAAGCUGUGCAGAGAGGGCUCUGUGAAGCUGGGACUCUUUUAAUAAUUUUACCACCAGGGAAGUUGUUUGCAGCUGCAUUUUACUAUUACCCUGUCUGUAAUUGGCAAGUGAUUAAUGGGCAAUGGAAUUAAGAAUGUUGACUUUUCAGAGGCCUAUCAAUACAGAAAGAAUGCACAUUGCAACUUUUUCAGAGUUUCCUUUUAAUAAAACAGAAGUUUUGUAUGCAGUUUUACUGUGAUUUUUAUUGCAGGAGCUAUGUGUUAUUGAAUUUAGAGGUACAUUGCAUUUACCUGCUAGAUUUACUACAAUGUCACUUUCAAGACUUUGAAGAUGAACAAACUUGGGUGUGAAAGUCUUUGUUCAGUUCAGUUCUCUGUUAUCGCCCUCUGCUGUCCCAAAGGAGACCUUUACUUCUCUCAUGAGAGUGAUAAUUUAGUUCUUGCCUUAGAGGAUCUUUGAAAACGUUGUAUGAAUUUCAGUAAUUUGUCAAAAAGGUAUUUUUCACCCAUCUGUUCUAGAGCUGGCCAAGUUUAUCUGUAUAUUGAGACUUUAUUUUGGUUAAACUGUUGAAGUGUGCAAAAAUAUUCUUCUGUUUGUCCAUUUAAAUUAAAAGGCAAUGAUCUCUGGGUGAUUAUUCUGUCA